AUGAGCUUUGGCGAGGUCCUCGAACAUGUCGGCAGCAUGCAGCGUUUCCAGUUCAUCUACGUGACAUUACUGGCCAUCCCUGUUUUCAUGAUGGCCUCCCAUAUGGUGCUGCAGAACUUCACGGCGGCCACGCCGGAUCACUACUGCGCGUUCCGCCACGACGUCACUCCCGGGAACCGAAGCCUGGCGGAGGAGGAUCUGCUCAAGGUCUCCGUACCCCUGGACGAGAAGGGGCGGCCUCAGCCAUGUCACCGCUUCGUACACUACCAAUGGUGGCUUUUGAAUGCCACCAUCUUGAACGGGACGGGUGUCAACGCCACCGCGGCGAAGAUGGAAACGGAACCGUGCAGCGAUGGAUGGGUGUACGACAGGAGUGUCUUCAGGGACACUAUUGUCACAGAGUGGGACCUGGUUUGUUCCGCGCGGACUCUGAAGCCGAUGGCCCAAUCUGUCUACAUGGCCGGUGUGCUCCUGGGAGGUAUCGUGUUCGGAGGCCUCUCAGACAGGUUCGGCCGUCGGCUGAUCCUCAUCUGGUGCUACCUGCAGCUGGCCAUCGGCGGCACCGUCACGGCCUUCUCCUCCAGCUUCAGUGUCUACUGCGCCCUCCGCUUCCUGACGGGCAUGGCCUUCUCGGGCAUCGUGCUCAAUUGCGUCUCUCUGUGUGUGGAAUGGACGCCUACGAGGACACGCGCCAUCUUGGGGACCUUGAAUGGUUGUGCCUACACCACUGGGCAGAUGCUCCUCGCAGGCAUGGCUUACCUCAUCCCGGACUGGCGCUGGCUUCAGCUGGCUGUCUCCUUGCCUUACUUCAUCUUCUUUAUCUACUCCUGGUGGUUUGUGGAAUCUGCCCGUUGGCUAGUGACGGCCGGGAAGCUGGACCGGGCUGUGAAGGAACUCAAGAGGGUGGCCAAGAUGAACGGGAAACAUGAGGCCGCCGCCGAGCUGGACACGGAGUUCUUGAGAUCCAAAAUGAAGGAAGAAUUGGCAUCGAUGAAAUCAACCUACUCCAUUCUUGACCUGGUGCGGACACCCAACAUGCGACGGAUUUCUUGCUGUGUUUCCUUCGUGUGGUUCUCCACCAGCUUUGCUUAUUAUGGGCUGGUCAUGGACUUGCAGAACUUUGGCAACAACAUCUACUUGAUCCAGCUGAUUUUUGGCGCCGUUGACUUCCCGGCCAAGUUCAUCUCGGUGCUCACCAUCUCAUACAUCGGCCGCCGGUUCACUCAAGCCACCACGCUCAUCUUGGCCGGGAUGACCAUCUUGACCAACAUUUUCAUUCCACAAGAAAUGCAAACCGUGCGCACGGCCCUGGCCGUCUUCGGGAAGGGAUGCUUGGGCGCCUCGUUCAACUGCAUCUAUUUAUACACCGGAGAACUUUACCCGACGGUGCUCCGGCAAACCGGCAUGGGCCUUUGUAACACCAUGGCCCGCCUGGGGGCCAUGGUGGCCCCGGUGGUGAAGAUGUCCAGCGACUACAUUCCUUUCCUGCCCCACGUGAUCUAUGGAUCCGCCCCCAUUGUGUCUGGGCUAGCUGCCGCCUUCCUGCCGGAAACCCUGAACGUUCCGCUGCCAGAAACGGUAGAGCAGGUGGAGAAAAGGUGA